AUGUUAUCUUCUGACGGCAAAUGGAAGCUUGCCCCAAGGCUUCAUUCCGUCAAAUUUGUUUUUGAUGCGCCUAUUCCAGCAGACGCACCGGCUCCUGAGGAGUUCGUCUUCGAGAGCCCAUUUCCCAGUGGCACUCCCGGAAUCCCCAAAAAGUUCACUUUCAAGUCGCCCGGUUCAACGAACGACGGUCAGAAUGAAGCCAGCGACAUUGAUGGUCUUUCCACAUCCAGCCAACGCAGUGUCACUGCAGUCACUGAGGAAGAGAUCACAACACACUCGAAUACGCUAUCUCAGAAGCCUACCUGCGAAAAAAUACAGGAUCCCAUCGAAUUGGUCAAAAGCCCCGUGAUUCAUGUUCGAGGUCCAAGCUUUGACUUGAGUGACGUGGAAAGACCUUUCGAGUCGCUUGUCUGUGCUGCCUGGGCUCUGGUGCUUUCGCCGCAAAACGCUACACAAACCGUUCGUUUUGAACUGAAUUCUUCGAUUUCAGAGCCCAAGCCUAAGUCGAUCUCCUCUCUGGACGUGAGCAUUGAGAUCAAUCACACCAGCAGCAUUACGAAAUUUCUCAAGCUUGUUGAGCAAUCGAUGAACAGAGACUCCGCCGACGGUAGUGCAGGAAUCAGCACAAGAUCUCACCUGAGAACAAUUUUAUACCUUGUGGAGAGCCAAGACAUCUUACCACCUUUCGACUCAACGAAGUAUGACUUGGCUCUCAAAUGUUACGUAAAUGGAACCGAGCUCGCCCUGUCGGCCACUUUCAAUCACGAAGUCAUUUCUCCGACCUCAGUGAGAUUUCUACUUGACGACUUCGAGAAUGUGCUCUGGCAAUUGUCAUCCUCGGCAGCGGAGGUGCAGAAGUUGGAGGAUAUCCAGGUACUAGGUCCGGCCAGCCAACGCCACCUUAUCCAGCUGAACCGACCAUUAGCGAGGAGAGAGAACGUUUUCAUCGAUGAUCUCGUGGCUAAUCAAGCCAAACUACAUCCAUCCGCGGAGGCCGUUUGUGCCUGGGAUGCUAACCUCUCUUAUGGCCAGCUUAAGCAAUACGCUGAGAGGCUCGGCAACUCCCUAACUGACUUGGGCGUAACACGUGGAUCGCUUGUUCCAAUCAUCUUUGAGAAGUCCGCCUACAGCAUCGUCGCCAUCCUUGGAGUCCUCAGGGCAGGCGGUGCCGUUGUGGCUUUGGACCCCUCACUGCCCACUGCACGCCUGGAAAUGGUCAUCGAAGACGUCAAAGCUUCAGUGGUGAUAUCUUCAGCAAAAAGUCAACAUCAGAUUCCUUCGCGUAUCUCAGGGAAAAAAAGGAUGGUGAUAGACAAAUCCUUUAUCGAGAAGCUUCCACUCGCUGCUCCUACACGCUCGUCUCCUCUGUCGAGGGACGUUGAUGACGCUCUCUACGUGGUGUUUACCAGCGGAUCAACCGGAAAACCCAAGGGCGUGGUGGUCACUCACACUGCAUUCGCGUCGAGUGCCAAGGGAUUCUCUAAGGCCAUACAUCUCGAUUCUCCAAGUUCUCGAGUCCUACAAUACUCCUCGUUCUCCUUCGACAUAUCCAUGUUAGAGGUCUUCACCUCUCUCAUGGCUGGGGCCUGUCUCUGCAUUCCUAGCGAGGAACAGCGAAUGAAUGAUUUGGCGACUUGCAUUUCCAGUAUGGACGUCAACUGGGCUAUGCUGACACCAUCAGUGGCCAGCCUCAUCAGCCCUGAAGAUGUUCCCAGCCUGGACGUUCUCUGUUUAGUUGGCGAAGCACUGCCACAAGCCGUUGCUGAUGUUUGGGCUGACCACGUCAAGACCAUCAACGCAUAUGGUCCCGCGGAAUGUUCUGCCCUCACUAUUGUCAGUGCGCCAAGGGUUCGAGAUGUUAAGAGCAUUUCUAUUGGGCGACCGGUGAACUGCGCAGUCUGGAUCGUGAACGAGAACGGACAACUGGCCCCUUUCAAUGCUGUUGGUGAGAUAGUCAUCGAGGGACCUCCAGUUGCACGUGGCUACCUAGGCGAUGAUGCCAAGACCAAAGAAGUCUUUCUCGAUGAUCCUGAAUUUCUUCGAGGAGUUGUUCGACAUCCUGGGCGCUGCUACCGAACAGGCGAUCUUGGCCGUAUGAAUCCUGAUGGAUCUAUCGAUUUUCUCGGUCGGAAGGACUCACAGGUCAAGAUAAACGGCCAACGCGUUGAGCUCGGGGAGAUCGAGCACCAAAUCAAGGAGCUCCUGUGUGGCAUGCAGUCGUCACUUGAGACGCCGAAUACGCCAGCCUGGGACGUUGCUGUUGAGCUUCUCAGGCCGAGCGGGACACAAACCACAAUACUAUCAGCAUUCAUCGCUUGCCCGCAAUCAACCACACAAAACCAGAACUCUUACAGCUUCCUUGUCCAUGAAAUAGAACCGGCGUGGAUGGAGGUCAAAUCUUUGAGCGCGCAAGUGUUGAUUGAGCUCGCGGACAGGCUUCCGACAUACAUGGUACCCAAGACGGUAGUGCCAUGCCACAAGUUGCCUCUGUCUCCUUCUGGGAAGACUGAUCGCAAGGCGCUUCGCAACUUGGGCAACUCUAUGACCUUGCAACAACUGAUGAGUUCAUCGAGUCAGGGCAACCCUCCGACCCCGCGAGCUGCCGUAGUCGAGCCAGAACCUCUGGCAAUCGAGGUGAUUGAAGACGAAGAAGAUUCUUCCGAGGGUCAGAUAACUCUGCUAUCGGAGACCGUUCCCGCAUCUGAGUCUUCGAUGCUUCUAUCGCCAAUAUCAGACAGAGCGUUGAACCCUGUCGAGGUGGUGCUACGGAAGGCCUGGGCCAACGUCUUGAGUCUUCCCGAAGAUUCAAUCACUGCCGAAGACGACUUCUUCAGACUUGGUGGCGACUCAAUUGGAGCCAUUAAAGUUGUUGCAGCGUGCCGUCAGCUUGCUCUUCAAAUCAACGUUGCCAGCAUUUUCAAGAACUCAGUUCUGAGGCAAAUGGCCUUGGUCUGCAAAACCACCACGGGAGACGACUCCAACACAGUGCCAAUCAAAUCAAUCCCCUUCCAGUUUCUCAACCCAGCUGACGUAGCUGAGUUGCGCGAAGAAGUUUCCUUCCAAUGCGAAGUCCAGCCUGAUGAGAUCGAAGACAUGUAUCCCUGCACUCACAUGCAAGAAGGUCUGAUGGCGGUCAAUCUCACCCGACCGGGCAGCUACACUGGUCGAUGGAUCCAUCCUUUGCCCCAGGGCACCAAUCUGGCCCGGUUUAAGAAGUCGUGGGAGGACAUACAUGCUGCUUCACCCGUUUUACGAACGCGAUUCGCAACAACGGCAUCUGCAGGAUCUCUCCAAGCCAUUAUGAAAGAGCAUGUGCAGUGGCUUACUUCCGACAACCUCGAGACAUAUUUGGCAAACGACGACGCAAACCCGAUGUUUCCCGGAGACUCGCUCAACCGUUUCGCCCUGAUUACUGAUGCCAACGGCAAUGUCACGUUUGUGUGGACCAUCCAUCACAUGCUCUACGAUGGCUGGUCUCUCGCCAUGCUAUGCAACAGACUAAACGAAAAGUAUCACGGUCGGACCGUCAAGCCUGCCACCGAUUAUCGCAAGUUCAUUUCCUAUACCCAGAAGCUUGAGUCCUGGCACAGCUCCGACUACUGGCAACGGGAACUUUGCGAAUGCCCACAAUCAACCUUCCCCGCCGCUCCAAGAUCAGGCCACCAGUCGUUCGCUCGCGCCGUUGUGAGAGAUUCUCUGAUCAUUGACGUGGACUCAGCCUCCGGCGUGACGAUGUCAACAGUGGUUCGGGCGGCAUGGGCUCUCAUGAUCAGCCAUUUCUCCAAAUCAGAUGAUGUUCUAUUCGGCGCAACUGUAUCUGGUCGAAACGCACCGUUGGAGGAUAUCGAUAAUAUCGAAGGCCCCACUAUUGCGACUGUUCCAGUAAGAGUUCCCAUCAGUAAGGCCGCUACUGUGCUUGGAUUCCUCCGCCAAGUUCAAGACCAGGCCACGACUAUGAUUCCAUUUGAACAAGCCGGCAUCCAACAGAUCAAGUCUCUUAACGAGGACACAAAACGCGGGUGCGAGUUUCAGAACCUGCUCGUUGUCCAAGCUGGUGGUGGGUGGGAUGAGAGUGGCCCUGGACCCCUUGGCAAGCCUAUUUACCGGGAAGAGUUCACUACGUUUCCGGUCACCUGCGAGGUCUGGCUUCAACCAGGAAAGGUCGAGUUUGCGACUCACGUCGACGAAGAUGUAACAACCCGCGUCUUCGUAGCCCAAGCUGUUGAAACCGUCAAGAUUAUCAUGAAUCAGCUGUCCUGGGCGACGUCUUCUGCCGAGGCAGACUGCGAGCUCUCUAGACUUACGUACGAUGUUCUACCGGCAGAGAAUGGCGCAAGAGCGAGGGGAGACGUCGUGCCAGUGAAGAUUUCUGCUACAAUCAACGACCUCAUUUCAGAGCAAAGCACGGCUCACCCGGGAAAAGACGCAGUGACGUCGACACUAGACACUCUGUCCUACGAUUCCCUCGAGGCAAUGUCCUCUGCACUUGCUAUACACCUAAGAAGUGUCGGCGUUGCAGCUGGAGAGUACGUUCCACUCUGUUUCGAGAAGUCUGUCUGGACGGUUGUCGCCAUGCUUGCGGUGAUGAAGGCCGGUGCUGCCUUUGUGCCCCUGGAUCCUGCCCAACCGAUAUCACGUCUGAGAGCAAUUAUGAGCGAAAUCAAGGCGAAAGUCGCGAUCGUGUCUGCCUUCCACUCUAAAGCCACCGAACUUGGCAUUGCGACUACGGUGGUUGCGGAUAGGAGUUCCUUAGGAGUACUUUUGCAAUCCAACACCACAGAACCCGCCCGAUUAAGCAAUCCCGAAAAUCCAGCAUACGUUAUCUUCACCUCUGGAUCUACUGGAACUCCCAAGGGUGUUGUCAUCUCGCACUCUGCCUUUGCUUCUGGGGCAACGGCUCAUGGGAAGGCCCUCGGUAUUUCCAGUGAUCAUCGCGUCCUCCAGUUUUCUUCUUACACCUUCGACGCCAGCCUCUUCGAAAUUCUUACCACGCUCACACACGGCGGCACUGUUUGCAUCCCAACAGAAAAGCAGCGGGUCGAAGGAAUACUGGAUUUCGUAAAGGAGAUGGACGUUAGUCUCUCACUCCUCACGCCAUCUGUGGCUCGAUUACUAGCGCCAUCCAGUGUACCGUCUUUGAAAACCCUGAUCCUUGGAGGCGAAGCACCCGAUGAGCCCCUCAUUGCCAGGUGGGUAGACUCAGGGGCCAAGGUUUUCAACGCGUAUGGACCCAGCGAAUGUUCUGUGAUCGCAACAGUUCAAGCCUGCGCCAUCGGAGCAGAAGCCAGGACUAUAGGGUACCCCGUCGGGUGCUCUUGUUGGGUAGUUGAUGCAGACGACGUCAACACUUUGGUGGCUGAUUGCGAAGUGGGCGAGCUCCUAAUCGACGGUCCAACUUUGGCCAAUGGAUAUCUCGACGAUCUACAAACAUCUGCGUCUUUCAUCGACAGCCCGAUCUGGGGAAAGGGGACUCGCUUGUACAAGACUGGAGAUCUGGUUCAAAGAACCAAGGAUGGAUACUUCAUCUACCAUGGUCGUAAGGAUUUUCAAAUCAAAGUCAAUGGACAGAGAGUGGAGCUUGGAGACAUCGAGUCUCAUUUGUCUGCCUGUCGAUUUGUCAAGCGUGGCGUAGUUAUCUUCCCGUCCUCAGGCCCACUCGCAAAACAGCUUGUUGGCGUACUGGACAUGGAGGAGGACGAGAAGGACGACAAAAAUGAUGACGACAAAGACAAUGUGCCCGACAGAGAUCGUAUUCGCUAUCGUGCCAAGGCGUUGGAAGACAUCAAGCAAGAGCUAUCUGAAAGGGUUCCCAGCAUCAUGGUUCCAAGGCAUUGGGUUGACGUCGAGAAGUUGUCGACCGGAGGCUUUCCGCUUUCCAUCGCUGGCAAGGCGCAUAGAAAACUAAUCGAAAGUUGGAUCGAGGAAAUGUCUGCGCCCGAUGCCCAAGCUAUUGACGGCCCUGCUUUAGCCGAUUGUGCAACGCCUGACAUCAGACCGGACGAGGUGCUCGCGUAUGAACUGGCGAGCAAGAUCUUCUCCCUCCUUCCCAGGGAAUCAUUCCAUCUUCAGCGCAGCAUUCCGAAUCGGUUUGCGGACUUGUUGCUGCAUUCAUCAGGACUAGACUCGCUCAACAUGAUGUCAAUCAUGCACUUCGUUCGUUCGAAGUAUCAGAUGCGGGUGAGCAUUCAAAUUUUGAUGGAUGAAAGAACAAGCAUUCGAAGCCUGGCUGCGUUCAUUUCAGACACACUUGCCGCAAACAAAACCAAAAGCCGUGCGCCGGCACAAGCUGUGUUGCGUGGGAUCGACAUCAUGACUCUGAUCGAGCGGCAAGAAACCGAGCUCUUGAGAUGGCAACACAUGUCAGAUGACAUCCCGAAGAUACCUGCCAGAAGCGCAAAACUGACAGUAUUCCUGACUGGUGCCAAUGGGUAUCUAGGCACACAGAUCCUGCGUCGACUGUUGGAACGAGAAGAUGUCGAGAGAGUAAUUACCCUUGUGCGUGGACACAGCAUAGAUACGGCCAGGAAAAGGGUCAUCGAAGCUGCUAAGAGAGCUCUUUGGUGGACAGACUUUCACGGAGAAAAGUUGGAAGUGUGGAAGGGCGACUUGGGGAUGCCAAACCUUGGGCUUACGAACGGAGAGUGGAACAUAUUGGCCGACAGAAAUUCCAUCGAUAUCAUUAUUCACAACGGCGCCAUUGUGAAUUGGAACAAAAGCUACGCGGCUCUCGAGGCCGUCAAUGUCCGCUCAACCGUUCAGCUCACUGCUCUCGCGAUUCGGAACCCGAACCUGAAGUUUACGUACAUAUCAGGUGGGAGGCAGUGCCGUUCCGCAGAUGAGUUGGAUGAAGACGUCGCUCGAGAGCUGUCCGAAGCGAUGGGCUACAGCCAGUCGAAGUUCGUGGCGGAAGUACUGGUGAAACGUGCCGCAGAGCGUUGCCCGCCCGGUGAAAGAAAUAUUGCCGUAUUCAGGCCGGGUCUAAUCAUUGGAACACCAACAGAAGGAGUGGCCAAUACGGACGACUACAUCUGGCGUUUGACGGCGGCAAGCAUAGACGUUGGCGCGUACAACUGUGACGACUACUCCGCCUGGCUACACUUGUCUGACGCUACGACGACCGCCGAAGCAGCGAUUUGUACUGCAUUUUCACCAGCCUCGCUUCACAAGGCGGUUGUUCAUCAUGAGGAUGGAAUGACGUGGGGAGCCUUCUGGAGCCUGAUCCAGAAUAUGGGCUUCAGCAUCCGUUCGAUGCCAGCGUCUCAGUGGCUACCACUUCUCAGAAGAGACAUCGCAUCCAGGAAUGAAGGUCAUCCACUGUGGCCACUAGCGCACCUGAUGGAGGAUGGGUCUAUGGAAUGGGAUGUGCGUGUUCAAGAGCAACGAGAGCCUCCGUUGAUACUGAAGGUUGCGGUCAAAAGAAACGUGGAAUUUCUUGUCCGGGCUGGGUUUCUAUCAACCGGCGGUGUCGUUGCUGAAACGACGCAUGUCAAGCGUGCACCGUUUUCUCGUGUUUUAUCGAGAGAGGGAUGGGGUGCAGCAAAGUGA